UGUUACGCUUUUGUAACCAGAAUAUAAAAUAUUUAUGAAAUAAUAUUUCAAACGCUUUAUUUAAUGUGACAGUCUAAAUGUAUUUGUCAGGUACUUUAUUUUUUUCUUCUUUUUUUAUCCCAAACACCAAUGCCACUUGAAGUUACUAGUUGGUCGAGGAAUAUUGAACUAUGACUAUGAGAGUCGUGUAUAACAUUCAGAAGUGCAUUGUUGGCAAUGUUGCUCUUACACUAUUUGUACUCGAUAGUGAAACGUGUUACAACUUAUUCUGUUUACAGUUAGAGUGUUGCUACUACUAGCCACAAAUAAGAACUAAUUAAAAGUGUAUAUAUAUUUACAUUUGAUUGUCAUUUCAGUUAAUAGAUAGAUAUAGAUGUGUAACUGUAUAUAAAUCUCAAUCGAAUACAUUAAUGAUGGCAGAUAAAAAAUCGUGAGCUUAAGAAACUGAUGAAGUUUGUGGACAAAAAAGGUUAUGAUUUCGUAUUCGCAGCUUUCUCGGUGUAUUUGCCUAUGUUAUUUGCUUAUUCAUAGAUAGUACAUAUUAUUUAAUAAUUUUGUUUCAUAGAUGUUACAGUUUUUAAAUGUUAGAAGUAUUUUUAGCUCAGAAAAGUCAUAUCAGUAAUAAGUUUAUAUUUUUGGGGUUCACACCCAAUACUUAAAUAAUGACUAUACAAAGUAACUUGCCAAAUAUUCUAUGUGAGAUAGCAAAUUUUUUGUCGAAACAUAGAAGCUUAACAAGUGCCCAUUUAGUAGACUUCUUUUCUGAUGAUAUUUGGAGUCGCACCUUGAAUCCUGAAAUCCAAGAUGAACUUCUUUCAAUUAAUGAAAAAGAAUUUUUCCAGUUGAUCGUAGAUAAUGACGUUUUCAAGCAGCAACAACAAGUGAAAAGAAAUGUUCCACACCUUACAAGGUUCAUCAAACAGUCCUGUCAUUACACAUUACCUAAUCUUGGAGUCUGCUCCGCACUUGAAGACAUUUCAGGCAAUAGUUUGAAAUCAGUAGUAACUUCCUUUCAUGACCCUAAGUUUUUAAUAUCCAACAAAAAAAAUCAUGAAGUUGAGAAGAUGUCUGAGAUUAUAUCACAUGUUGCAAACCAGUGUGAUAUCAAAAUGGUCAUAGACCUUGGCAGUGGUAAAGGUUACUUAUCCUCUUACCUUGCCUUAAACUUCGGGUUAAUUGUGUUGGGAAUUGAUGCAUCCAGUAGCAAUACUACCCUUGCUUGUGGCAGAAAUUUUCGGCUUUAUGAAUUAUUAAAGAAACAACAACAGAAGCAGUCAGUUUCUGGAACCAUAUGUGUGCAUGAUUUCAACUUGGUCAGUGGUGAAAAAGAAAAAAUACAUUUUUGUGGAAAGGAGAACAUAAGUAACUGUUGCCCAUCGAAAAAUAUUCCAAACUCUUCUUCUGAACUGCUUAUUAAUGCAGAGGGUUUUGGAAGAUUUGUGCCAAUCACAGCAAGUAUUAAAACAGACACCGUUUUAGAGGACUUAAUUUCACAAGCCAAACAUGAAAUAGAACACCAACUACCAACAGAAAACCCUUUGGUCAAUAUCAUAGACACAGAUCCAAUUUUAUUAUGUGGGUUACAUACUUGUGGAAAUUUGGCAGCUGCUGAACUGAAAUUAUUCUCCAGAAGUCAGCAGAUAAAAGUUUUAUUAAAUAUCAGCUGCUGUUACCAUUUGUUAGAAGAGGAAUUUUGGAAAAACACUUUCGACAAAGAAGGAGAUAAAGAUCCUAUGGAUGUGGGCUUUCCUCUUAGUUCUGUACUUAGACAAAAAAAGUUUUCUCUCAGCAGAAAUGCGAGGAUGUUGGCAUGUCAGGCUUUUGAACGAAUCUCCCAAAAAGGAGAGAUUCCUACUAAGUCACAAUUUUACAGAGCAGUGCUUCAGGUUAUCAUUCGGGACAAGUGUGGAACCAGUAGAUCAGAUUAUAGGGUUGGCAGGCUAAUGGCUAAAUGUAAUGGAUUUGUUGAUUAUGUUAGACAGUCACUGAAGAAACUGAAACUUACACAUCUUCAGAUCACUGAUGAGGAGAUUCUUAACUAUUUAAAACAAUAUGAACCUGAAGAAGACAAAGUCAGAGCUUUCUUACAGUUGAGGUUGUGUUUAGCACCUUGCAUUGAAGCAUUAAUUUUGUUGGAUAGACUAAUGUUUUUAUAUGAAAUGACUAGUGUUGAAAAAGCCCAUCUUGUACAAUUGUUCAACCCUCUGACAUCUCCUCGUUGUUAUGCUCUUGUAGCAUUUAAAAAUGCAGCAUAAGAUGCAAGAAAGUAAUAGCAGAUUUUUUUCCUUCAUUUAGAAUUCUUAGUUAAAAUAUAUAUUAUAUAUCUUGAAAAUAUCAUUGAAGCAUUGAAUAAUUGUGUGUGUACAAGUAUAGUAAAUGAAGCUCAUCAGAAACAGAUAAUGGGGGGAAUGCUUUUAAGAGUUUUAUGGAAAUAGUCUUAUAAUUUAUUUGAAUUCAUAAAACAGUUUGUUGUUUUGUUU